AGAGGGGAAAGUCCCUUCUCGCGAACGUCCGAUCAGGCUGCCGAGAAGCAACCCUCGUACAUAGGAGGGUUCAGGGUGGAUAAAGCUGCUGGAUACGUAGGGGGUAAGGGAUUCGCGCGAAGGGAGGGGACCAUCGGUGAAGGGCGGGGGAGGAAGAUCCAUAGCUGUGUUGGUGUGGUAUUGCGUGUGCUUUACACGGAACUGGCGAAGCUAGGAGAACGACGAAAGAGAAACAAACGCUUCGACCUAGCACGUUACGCGAAACAAGGAUAGAAGUUGAGAACGAGAGAGAAGCUCGUUGAGAAACAAAGAGAAACAUAUACGAUAAAAGUGCGCGUAGAAACGAGACGGAAAUGAAUGGUACGUGGGAGCAAGGGAGUGAGAGUGCAAGAGAGAAAGACGCGGUCAGGAUCGUAGUGUGCGAGAAGAAGAGAGAGGUCUCUCUCCCCAUGAUGUACGUAUACAUCCUGGUCCCUUAUUCCCUGUACGUGCAAAGGGGGUUUCGAGAGGCUAGCAACGGUGGAGCCACGACAACGAGCUACAACCACGACGGCGAACACGACUACUACGACACCGCGUGGGGGUUGCACGAAGACCCCCUGGUGGGGUUCUGGCUGGCGACCCCACAGUCCCCCGCUGGAAAUGAUAUCAGUCGCGACUCGGUCGAGGGAGCCCCAGCACGUGCCGUGCCCCUCGCAGAGUGAGCUCAAUAGCUUGCUCGAUUCUUUACUUGGUGUACGUUCUUCGCGUACGCUUUUUUUCGCGGUGCGCGUUUUCGCUCGAAACUGGUUAUUUCGGGGAACACGUAAGGGUGUACGGUGGUUGUGGAAAAGGAAAAAGUGAAAAUUUGCCACGGUGUAUUUUAACCUACCUCCUCUUCUUGGAUUGUACUCGUCGAUUGAUUUCGUUGGUGAUAUUUUAAUCUCACAAGGCUUCCCGUAACUUCAUUCCUCUUAUACAAUCAAAGUGAACACUGAACGCGUCAUAACAAUGGGUGAGAAAACAUUCAACCUAACUUGGAACAAUCACCUAGCGAACUUGUCUGGAUUGUUUGAAGGACUCUAUAAGAGUGGUUCCUUAACUGAUACAACGUUAGCUUGUCAAGGUGGAAUGUUAAGGGCACAUAGACUGGUCUUGGCAGCAUGCAGUCCUUAUUUUGAAAGAGUUUUCAAAGAACACUAUGGUGAACAGCCAAUUCUUAUUUUAAAAGGUGUUGCAGUUGAAGAAAUGGAAUGUCUUUUGGAUUUUAUGUACCGUGGUUCGAUCGAUGUCGCUGAAGAACAUUUGCCAUCUUUGAUUAAAACUGCCACAGAUCUAGAGAUCCGUGGUCUUUCCGGUGACCAGAGAAAUCAAGAAAAUAGUCGUAGCCCUUAUACGAGAGUGGAAACGCGGAUGCAACGGUGUCACAUAGAGGCGAGAGUUCAUACAACGGAGUACAUGAAGGAACCGUCCGUGAUUCCAUUUUUACCAAAACAGUCUUCCAUAGAGUCAUUAGAGGAUCACAUCAAGGUGGAAGAAAUUGAGGUGGAAGACGAUCCGAUGGUGAUCGAUGGGCACGAGGAUACAUUCGAUGAACCUUUGCGAUCGUCGGAAACGCAAAUUAGACGUAUGCCACCGCCAAUGUACAAGCGAGAGACAAGAUUUAAAGGUCAGAAAAGGGUCUCGGUGGGACGUUCAAUGAGAAACAAUGAUGUAUUAGAAUUUAGAUCAAAGGAGCGUAUAGCUUCGAAGGAAGAGUCUACGAGGGAGUGCUAUGAAGACUCGUCGAACACGGUUAAGUCCGAACCAACUUUUAACAACACAUCUGCAGAUCCUACGGUACCGGAUAUACAGAUGAACGACGACUUACAAGAACGAGAUGAAAGUCUGGAAUCGUCAAAGAACAUGGAUGACAGUCCAAGAUUAACUAUCAAGAAGAAGGGCGAUAAUCUUACGAAGAAGUCAGGAUUGAACGAAGGAAAAGAAGCCAAACCGAUACAGCCCAAGUCUGAAAAAGCGCAACAUAAACCUUUCCCUUGCGACCUCUGUACUUUAGCCUUUACGAGAGCUUCUCAUUUGGCCAGACACAGAAGAGUUCAUACGGGUGAACGACCAUUUGCCUGUAGCAUUUGUCCCCGAAUGUUUGCCAGACAGGACAAAUUGAAGCAGCAUUUGGACUCGCACUUACAAUGGCCAAAAAGGAAGAAUAGCUUGUCAAGUUCGAGUUGUCAAUCAGCACCGUCGGCGGUGGUUAAAGGGAAAAGGGGUAGACCGAGAAAGGUAAAUUUAGAACAGUCCGCCAUGGAAGAAAUUCUGAAAUUUGGCGAAUUCAGUUCUCUACUAAACAAAUCCCAUUCCGCGAAUGCGACGAGCAAAAAUGAAGAUUUCGCAUCCGUUGAAAACGAAAGAAAAAUGAAGGAACAGGAAGAGUAUAUCGCGGAAGAAGGGAACGAAGAUAAAGACAAAGAUGCUAACAGAGAUAAAGACAAUUAUGGUUGUCAGGUCGAAAACGGUCAAGAUAUAGUUUAAAUAAUUUUUUCUCUACUUUCUCCCGUACUUUUACAAAAAGUAUUUUUCUAUGGGUAAGAAAUCAUACGGCUACGGAGUGACGGAAAUUACCGAGCAUUUUCGAUCAACGAUUCGAAACAGGUACUUUUCUUGAUUUCUCUUUAUCAAACGUUCACUAGCGUGAGAAUAAACAUAAAAGCUAGAAAUUUAUUAGUAUACUUUUAGAUACUAUGAUUAGUAAUCUUUUUUAUUUGAUUUCUAGUUCAACAAAAUUUUAAGUGCAAUAAUUCUUGAUUCUCGAUGUUCGUUCUUCUGCAAAGAAAAUUUGCAUUCUUUGAACUAGCGAAGUAAAUUAGUAAGGUUGUAAAUUGGUUACAAGUUAUAUUUCAUAUUUAUAUACAUAAGAUAAAUACGCAACGAUAUGUAUUAGAGACAUUUUCACUAUAUACAACGCUAAUUAGAAACUAUGGUUUCAAAAUGAAACGCUAAUGGAAUGAAACUGAUUGUUGUGAGACUAUUGUUACUCUUAUACGGGAAUUCAACAUACUUAUUUCGUUUUUAUAUAUUCGUUAAUAUUACGCUGCUGUGAAAGUAGCUGAGACGAUAUCGAGAUUUACGCAAUUCGUAUAAAUGAAACGUGUACAACACGUUUAUUUGAAUUACUGGUUGAACGUAUAAGAGAAUUAGAUUAUUACACGUAUGACGAGUCAUUUAAAAUUUGUGUGACGGUUAACAGACGAGCAUAUGAAGAUAAUUUCUAUAAAUAGGCAUUCAAUAAAUAGUAUAUGUAAUAAAUGUACAUUCGACUCAAUACUGAGCACAUUAAAAUAUACUUUUUGAAGGGACAACAUUUAUAACUAACAUCAGAAACAACGUGCAGGAUCAUACGAAUGAUUUAAUUACUAAAAUUUACGAUUAAUUUUUCUCCACAAAAAUACGAUGUAAUUUUGUCAUAUUAAAUUCGAGUACCACGUUUUGUACAUCUUACGUGUCCCCCUUGAAUCUCGUCGUAGAUGCGAAUCAACCUUAUAACGAAUCUUACCAAAUAAUUUUGCCACAACUUACGUAUUUAUUUAUUAAGGUUCGCGGUAUUCUUGUUAUAGAUUAAAUAGAAAUUUGUUCGAAAGAGUACCUGAAACACCUAUGUUAGAUUCGAGACUAACUGAUGGUGGACACAGGCCAUGUAGGAAAAUAAUAAACAAUCCUUAUCUCUCAUUUUCCGAGAUGGUUGUUUAGGUACUGAUAAGUCGAAUUCUACGACGAUUUACUGUCGUAUACACAAUAUUUCUAUCGUAAGAUUAGGAGAAGAAAUUUAUGUUGAAAACUCGACCAAAUUACUUAAGCUGCGAGACUGUGGUAUGGUUUGCAUUGUGAAACUGUUUAACUGAUUGAAGCCUAAGUUACAGAAUUUGUUCACCUUCUUAGGAUACGAGGAUAAUUAUUAAUUUAGGGGAAUAUGUAUGUAGAUAUAUAUCAUCUUAUCUAUGUAUUUUCUGAUAUGCAUAGAUCGUUUCGGUAUUUCUGAUAUAUUUUUCGGUAUUCUACUAUAUAUGUAUACGUGCGACAUUGAUCAUUGAAAUAAUUUUACAACAUUUAAAGGGGCCCGACAGAAAUUUUAUUGAGCUUAUAUUAUUUCGAUCAUCGCGUUAGCCAAGUUAAUAUAUUUGUAUUUUGAACAUUUGCCUUUAAAUGUAGGCCUAACAAUGGUUGGAUCUAUUUAAAUGCCUAAAAAAGAAAAAAAAAAGCUCUUAAAUGUUCAUCAUAUUAUGAAGAGUAAAGCAACAUUUUUUUUUCUUUUUUGUUAAAUUUUCGUGCAAAUAUGAAACGCCGAUAAAAUUGUCGUUGAAAUUAAUUCGGAAAGAUAUAUUUCUCUGAAUUUAUAAUUAUGAGAAGUAGACAGUUAAAUGUACGACAGUGCAAACUACUUACAUCUGUGUAGAUGAGGCUCAACGAUUCUCAGAGCCGAGAAAGAAAUGUAGCUUUGAAUAUUUUGUUAUACAUGCGAUUAUAAAUACGUCAAGUACAAAUGUCCAAAUAUUAGAAUAUACGUGUGCGUAAGUGUGCGUGCCUGUCGUACUAUAAAAGAAGAAAGAAAUACCAGUAUGUGUAUAGGGUUCAAGAAUUAUUGGCGAGUGCAAUCUCCUUUUUUUGUGUUCAAUCGAAUACUUGUUAAUCCGUUUCUGUUCCUUUCUCCGACCAAAAGUUUAGCUUCUUAAGGAAUUCUCGAUUGAUUAACAUUUUUUGUGUUUUUGUUUUCGUAAUUUUAUAAGUAGAUAUAUAAUUGCGCUUACAUUCGGUAGUUCUGGAUGAAAUAAUUCGAUGCUUAAAAUAUGGAAGAAUAUGCGUUUAUGUGUAGCGGUACUGUUAUUUAUCCGCAUCGAUUUGCCAUUUGUUUAUCCAAUUUUAUGUUAGCAAAGUAUCAUUUCACUCAUCUCCUCUCUUCUUAUAAAUCAAUAAGAAAUGGCAAAUUAUCGAUUCCAUGUUUUAAGCGUAAAAUAGAUAAAGGAAGAAUCAAACAGUUAUGAAAAUUGAAUCGAAUUAUUUAUUUUCAUCGAUUUCACGAAAGCCGGUUUCGCUCGAGUUCUAUCUACGAUAUAGAACAAUGUAUCACGUAGCGUACGUGAUGCCAUCCGAAUUGUAUCUUCCUCUAAUAUCAGUUGUUGUUGUUGUACGAAUUGUAUUUUGUUUCGUUAAAUUCUUGUUGCUCGACCUACCAGUGUUACACCUCCUGCAUUAUAAUUUUUAUUACGGCGAUGUGCAAUUAUUUCAGCGAUAUGACUGUUUGGUCUGACGCGGCAAAUUACGAGUGUACUUGGUGCAAUUACAGCGUCCAGAAGGUCGUACGCGAGUCUUCAUAUCUUACAGUGUAUAUUGUGUAGCAUGUGUAAAUAAAUUUUAAAGCCAA